AUGGAGAUCAACGUUAUUGGAGCCAACGGUGUCGAGAACGUCCGAGAAAUCUUCCGAAUGAAAGUUUACGCAAAGGUUUCAAUUGCCGGCGACCCCAGAACCGAGCAGAGAACUCCGGUGGACAAGCACGGCGAGACCAACCCUGCAUGGAAUUGCAUCCGGAACUACACCGUGAGUGAGUCCGCGGUGCAACAAGAUGGCAUCAUGCUCGUGAUCAAGCUGUACUGUAAGCGUAAGCUAGGAGACCGGUACGUAGGUGAAGUGCACGCGUCGAUCAAAGAACUGUAUGAACUCGCCUCGGCCAAGGGAGGCAGUUUUGUGUUGAGUAGCCCGGUGAAAAGGGGUUUUACGGAAUCAAAAGGAGAGCUCACGUUUUCAUGCAGGUUUGGAGAUAUAAGGACUGUUGAGAAGCCCUCCUUGACGGAUAAAAUGGCGGUGGGCGGAGCUAGGAUGUUACGGCUCGGGGCACUUCUUUUCACUAUUGGAGCAGAAAUUCAUGAUUUAUUCGAUGGUUAA